AUGUAUAAUUUCUUUUUCCUGAACACAUCCAAAGUCCUGCCUACAGCCCAUAAAGUCGAUGGGAAGGGCAAGGCUGGACGGGAUGGAUACCCGGGUCCACUUGGCUUGGAUGGCAAACCUGGUUUACCAGGUCUGAAAGGAAGCCAGGGACCAGUUGGACCCAAGGGAGAAAAGGGUGACCAAGGAGACAUUGGGCCACGGGGGCCUCCUAACUACAACACAUUUGCAGGUCUGCACAGUAAUCAGAUUCUCACUGUCAAGGGUGACCAGGGCCAGGCUGGACCCGCUGGUCCUCCCGGUCCCCCAGGUCCUCCUGGUCCCAGAGGCCCCCCUGGGAACACGGGCAAGGACGGGCCCCGUGGCCCUGCUGGAGAGCCAGGUUUUCCAGGUCGUGAUGGCGUUGUGGGACAGCAGGGAUUGCCUGGGAAGCCGGGAGAAGAUGGUGAGCCCGGCUAUCCAGGGCCACAGGGUCCCCCAGGGGCAAAGGGCGAGCCAGGUACAGGAGAGAAGGGAGAGAGAGGCAUGGAUGGACUCCCAGGACUAAAGGGUGACAAAGGGGAAAUAGGAGAACAAGGACCACAGGGCCCCAUGGGUUAUACUGGUGAAAAAGGCACCGCAGGUUCCUCAGACAUCAUCGACUUCAAUGGGAAGCUUCUAGAUGCUUUCCAGGCCAUCAACACCAUCAGUGUUUCGGGCCCCCCUGGACCACCGGGACCCCCAGGCCCUACAGGGGAAAAGGGUGAGCUUGGUUUACCAGGUCCGGCAGGAGUUGAUGGGGAGAAGGGACCUAAAGGUGACCUUGGGGAGACUGGACCACCUGGCGAGAGAGGGGAGAAAGGAGAGAUGGGCCUCUCUGGGCCUGCUGGUAUGGACGGACAGAAAGGAGAGAAAGGCGACUGCAGACUGGAUGACAACCUGGUUCAGAUGAUUUCUCAACCAGGCCCACCUGGUCCACCUGGCCCUCCAGGAGUUCCCGGGUCCCCUGGAUCCAUGGGGCUGCAUGGGAUGCCUGGUCCUAAGGGGGAACCUGGAGCUGGGAUGAAGGGAGAAAAGGGGGACAUUGGAGCGACUGGAGCCAGAGGAGUAGAUGGCCUCCAGGGUCUACCUGGAUCUGCAGGGUUAGUCGGUCUUCCAGGUGCAAAGGGAGAAAAAGGCCGACCAGGGGAGCCUGGACUAGAUGGUUUUCCGGGUCUGAUGGGAGACAAAGGCGACCGAGGGGAAAGAGGCGAGAAGGGUGACAGGGGAGCAGUGGGAAAGAGAGGUCUAAAGGGCCAGAAGGGAGAGCAGGGUCCUCCAGGCUUGGACCAGCCUUGUCCUGUGGGUUGUGAUGAGACUAAAGGUCUGUCUGCGGACUCAGGGCUUUCUUCCCCUCCAGCUCCUCCUCUUCAUCCUUCCGGCCCUGAGGCCCCCUGUCCUGUGGGACAGGAUGGCCUGCCCAUACCAGGCUGCUGGCACAAGGAGGAGAUGGCGAGGCAGAAGCUCAAGCGCAAGCGUCUCUCUCAGCCCUGAAGGGAUGCGGGGCCUGGUGGAGAAAGGACACACUGACAGGCAGAGAGCGUGAGGGGCAGAUUGGCCUUUAUGAAGCAGAGAGAGCCAUGUAAUGCCUCAGUGUCAUACCGAACACUCAGAUCCUCUGUUAUGGAAACUCUCCAGGAGGGGGCGACAGAGAACACUGCUUUUCCACAUUCACCUGGGAAGAGAAGACACAUGUGGCUGAUGAUGUGGAGCAAUAGCUUGAUAACCAGUUGAAGUCGUUUGGGAGGCAAUGAUGUCACUGGCACAUAAGGAAGGAUUUACUGCACAGAUACAUUGAACAUGUUUUGGUGAUCUCUUGUAUGGCUCUUUAGCAAAGGUUUUCACUAAUUCAAUGCAUGAUCAUAACAAGGCACAGUGUUGUUUAGCAUCCUGCCAGCUUGUAUGACUUGUGGUCCCUCAUUGAAACAACAAAUGACAGUAAAUUCAUUUUCAUUUUCAAUAAGCAGUCUUUAAUAGUCUUUCCAUUUGAGCAAGCCACUCAGAAAAGUCAGUAAGUCAACCUUUUUUCUUGUUUUUUUAAGGCUUACACUUCCAGCAGUGGUGACUUGUGUGUUGUUUAUUUUUAUUCCGUUAUAUACUUAUCUUAUUUUGUCCAGUUACAUUUUGCAUUCCUGUGCAUCGACAUGUUUGUGAAAUAUAUAGAUAGUGAAACUUCAAGACCAGACUUGAAGGAACCAUUCACAGUAUUCAUGUUCAAUCAGUGUUUCAGUGUUUCAACCAGGGAGCAAGUCAGCUCCAACAUUAGACUGGUUCUGUUUGAGUUGCCUUAACAAAUGAUUGUCAAUCAAAUUCUUUUCUUAAUAGUUUUCAAUGUGACUGAUAAUUAUCUUUUAAUCACAGAUGAAGACAUGUUUAAUUACUGUUGCCAUUUUUACUGUUGUAAGUUCUUGCUGCUGACUUGUGUGUGUUGUUUGUUUGAUAUUUUUUGAACCAAUAUUAGUCAUUUGGACUGAAGGACUAACAGACUAAAGUAUGAGAAUUGAAACAAAUGUCAUUGAUUUUUUUUUAAAUUUUAUUUUGAUAAUUAUUCAUUUUAAUUCAGCAAUACAUCUUAGUACAGUGGUUUAUAAUUGUCAGUUAUAAUGCAUAUUUUUUUGUGUUUUUUCUUUCAUCUAUCACAACAAGUUUUAAUCUUUGUCAUGCAUUUUUCUCAGAUGGAAUCAUUUCUUGGUGCUUAAAUACUUUUAAAAACUCUUAUAUACCUGUUUAAAGCUCUACUUUGCAUACACAUGCAAACUAUGGUUGGCUUAACUACACUCAUGUACACACACACAUGCAUCAUUGUUUAAAGAAAUGUAGAACAUAGGAAAAAAACUUUACUUCACUGAUGUACCAUUAACUAUUGUCAAAUAUUUACACGACAAAGGUUAGAUGGAAUUACAUGGAAUCAUUAUUUGGUUCUGCUUACAUGUGUAGAAUUAGGCCUACAUUUACAUUAAUGGGAAAUGGUAUUACUUUUUCUUAGUGGACGUUGAUAGUCUAUUAGUUGCACUCUUUUGAUACAAUAUGAAUAACAUUAAGCAGUCAUGAUCAGGUUAAUCCCAAAUCAUGACUGACUUGCAAUGAUUUACAAUAUUUUCAUUGUUAACCUGAAUAUGAACCAUCACAAUACUUUAUUGGUUGAUUAUCUUCAAUCACAAUCAGCAUGCAAACAUCUAUAAUUCCAAUUUUUGCCCACAAUCACAAACACUGCAUCAUUUUCAAAUUUCAAACAGUAACAUUAAGUAAUAUUAUGGUUGUUUGUUGUUUUUGGUAUGAUUUUAGAUGGGAUCUUGAAAUUAAUCAGGAGAACACAAAUGGAUAAGUGAUGUGUGAAAAAGUGAAAAUGGAAUUUGCUAUUGAAUUUGUUCAUAGUCCAAUUUAGGAGAAGGACAAGAGUGUUAAUACAGUACAUUGGUAAUACUGACCUCCUAUUUGUCAUUAAAAAUAUCCGCUGGCUGACCGGUAAACUUGUUCACUUCAUAAUGCAGGCCACAUUUUACUGCACUGCAUAGUUCCUGUUUAGGUCUGAAAUGACUCUAGUCAGUUUUGCAAAGAUCCCUUUAUAUUAUAUCUUCCAAUGUUGCGUAAGUGACAUCACACAAAUCAAUUUCCAUAUCAGUGGGAUAAUCUAGUUGUGAAGUCCUGCUCAUUUUUUUCUACUUCAGAGGAGUUUUGUAAGAAAUAUCAGUGCAUCACUUAAUAAACCUAUACAGUACAACUUGUUUAUGAAGUUAAAGGUAUUCUAGAAAUGCUCUCUAUGAAACGAAAAUCUGUAAAUGGGUUGCAUAUCAAUAAGUCAAGACAGAAUAGAUGACAUACAAACUUUAUUUGAGAAUCAUGUUGAGUGAGAAAAUCUUUUGAAAGCAGAAUGGUUUAACUACAAAUCACGCAGGCCAUGGCAUUAUUUUACUGGAAGCUGAUGGUUAUCUGUCACUUAACAUUAUUAUAUGUGUUUAUUUCUUUUGCAGAUUCUAUCAGUUUCAGUUUUAAGGCUUAAUGAAGUCAAUAAAUGGCACAAUAUCUAAAUACAGUUUGGCGUUUUAGCAAACCAUAUAUCACAGUAUUAGCUUGACUUUGUGAGAAUGUUUUUCGGUUGUGUAUUUGGUUGUAAAAGAAUUAAGCUAUUUUUGUAAUUACUUGUCUAAAUAUGUAUAACUUGAAAUCUGGUUAACUAAACAUGUAGACUGAAAUAAACUUUCUGGUUUAUG